AUGUCUAUCCAUCGUUUAGUUGCAGUUUCCAGAAUAAUGUUGCAAUGUAACCGAUUUUGCGCUGCUGGAGGCAAUUAUUAUAAAAGUGACAAUGGAUUUCUAUCUCUUCAACGCACAAAACACACGCAAACAAUUAAAGCUGAAAAGGAAAAACUAAGAACAUAUAUAGUUCAAAGAUAUAUUGAUUAUGUCAAAAAUUAUACAAAACUUUUAGAGGAUAGAUUUCCUUCUGCGAUGCGAAUGUAUAGAGUUUUCAGUGUAGGCAUAAAAGAUUUUUUGAAAGAUUUAAAGACCUAUAUUUCACUUAGAAUAAAAAUAACAAAAAAUGGAGGAUUUUCCAAAAUGUCACGUCAAGAUAUUGAAUUAUAUGAAAAAAUGCCAUCAGAUAUGUGGAAAAUAGCUCCUGUAUUAAUAUUAUCAGCUGUUCCUUUUGGAAAUUAUAUAAUAUUUCCUCUAGCGUUUUUGAAACCAAGAACAUUGUUGUGUUCUCACUUUUGGUCUAUACAGCAAAAAGCAGAAUUUUCGGUACAAGACCUAACAGACCGCCUUAAAAAUAAUAAACCAGUAUUUAGAGCUUUACAAGCUAAAUCAAAUUUAGUGCCUUCAGGAGAUCUUAAAAGGCAAUGGAAAAGGAUCAUUGGGUUACUUGGUUCUGGAGUUCAUCCAUCUACAAGUGAAAUACUGGACUGUAAAGUAUUAUUUAGCAAAGAACCAUUUAGCUUAGCUAAUUUGUCAUAUGCACACAUGGGACAUUUACUGAAAAUGCAUGGUUUAAGGCGCAGUUUGUUGAGACGGAAAAAAUUGAAAUACAGGGCAUUUUUAUUGCUAGAAAUGGACAAGGCUAUUAUCAGAGAAGGGGGUGUGGAUACUCUUAGCACAGAUUCUUUAAGGAAUGCUUGUCAUAUAAGAGGGCUGAAUAGCAGUCACCUAUCUAAUCAGGAUCUGAGAGACUGGCUAACUCGGUGGUUACAAGUAUCGGAAAAUGUCGACUCUAGCUCAUACUCUUUGUUGUUACACUGUCCAAUAUUUCUUGCGUACAAUCAUCCACAAAAUUGGGUACUUAUAUAU